AUUAUUUAUGUGAUUGCUGAUCUGCUAGAUGGAUAUAGAAAGCACCAAGAAUUAUAAUAAUUUAUGGAGUGAAGCACUGGUUUACAAACAUAUCUCUCUGCCCGAGCUUUGUGGGUUUCUUUGCAUCUCGGCCCUCGUUCCGUGCGAUGGGAACGGAGAAUAUUCGGAAUUUGAAGUCGGGCAAACCGACUGCAUUCAUGUCUAAAAUUAAAGGAAUAAGUGAGCAGCUAUUUGUGGCAGACAGGACAUGAUCCAUCUGCUUCCAGGUCUGGCGGGGGCCGGGCGGCGGCGGGAGAUGCCCGGGCGGCCCGCGGAGGCCCAUGUGGCGCUCUAGGUGGGAUGCCGGCGUCCUGAAGGCGGAGGCCCUGGCGCUGCUCCCCUGCGGCCUGGGCAUGGCGUUCUCCCAGUCGCACGUGAUGGCCGCGCGGCGGCACCAGCACGGCCGGCUCAUCAUCGAGGUGGACGAGUACAGCUCCAACCCCACCCAGGCCUUCACCUUCUACAACAUCAACCAGGGCCGCUUCCAGCCACCGCACGUGCAGAUGGUGGACCCGGUGCCUCACGAUGCCCCCAAGCCUCCUGGCUACACCCGCUUUGUCUGUGUCUCUGACACCCACUCGAGGACGGACCCCAUCCAGAUGCCCUACGGCGACGUGCUGAUCCACGCUGGGGACUUCACCGAGCUGGGGCUCCCGAGCGAGGUGAAGAAGUUCAACGAGUGGCUCGGCAGCCUGCCCUACGAGUACAAGAUCGUGAUCGCCGGCAACCACGAGCUGACCUUUGACCAGGAGUUCAUGGCCGACCUCAUCAAGCAGGACUUUUACUACUUCCCGUCCGUGUCGAAGCUGAAGCCGGAGAGCUACGAGAACGUUCAGUCGCUGCUGACCAACUGCAUCUACCUGCAGGACUCGGAGGUCACCGUGCGUGGCUUCAGGAUCUACGGCUCCCCGUGGCAGCCCUGGUUCUACGGCUGGGGGUUUAACCUCCCGAGAGGCCAAGCCCUGCUGGAGAAGUGGAGCCUCAUCCCCGAAGGCGUAGACAUCCUGAUAACCCACGGGCCGCCCCUGGGCUUCCUGGACUGGGUCCCCAAGAAGAUGCAGCGGGUGGGCUGCGUGGAGCUGCUUAACACGGUUCAGAGGCGCGUCCAACCGCGGCUGCACGUCUUCGGCCACAUCCACGAAGGGUACGGUGUCAUGGCAGAUGGGACCACCACCUAUGUGAAUGCGUCCGUGUGCACUGUGAACUACCAACCUGUGAAUCCACCCAUAGUCAUCGACCUCCCCACACCCCGGAACUCCUGACUGCUCCCCGCUGCUGCAGCGCUGCCCACCCGUGUCAGCUACACAUGCCUGGCCGAGAGCACAGACCCCAGCCACCCCUCCUUCCACGCCAAAUGGCCCAGACAAUCCGUCUGGCUGUAGGGACCAGCCCAGCAGACUCGUUGAGGCCUUGGAAUGACCCUUCAGCGUUCUGUCACCUGGAAUCGGGACCCUGUGUGUCCCCAUCAGGGGUUCUGUGCUUAUUACUUUUUCUGCGUGUACAUCCCAUGUGUACCUCGUUAAAGGACCCGAUAAUCUCAUGGCCCUGUCUUGCUUUGGAAAUGACCGAGUCUUCUCCAUCCUUCUCAGUUGGAUACCCUCCCGGUCUGUGAAGCUGCUGCUCUUGAAUGGGUUUUGGAAGUUCUCGCACAAAAUGUCCGUCUGCCCAAGGGUCUGUGUGGCUGCAGGCCCCAGAGUU